UCCACGUCCAAGAUGAGCUGGAUCAGGGGCAAGAUCAUCGGCCACGGCUCCUCCGCCGCCGUGUCGGUGGCCACUUGCCGACAGUCAGGCGAGGUUUUCGCCGUUAAAUCGGUGGAGCUUUCGAAGUCGGAGUUCUUGCAAAGAGAGCAGCGUAUCUUCUCCACUUUAAACUGCCCGCAAAUUGUGGAGUACAAAGGGUGCGAUGUUACGUGGGAGGAGAAUAAGGCGAUGUUCAACGUCGUGAUGGAGUUUAUGCCCGGCGGCGCGGUGGCGGAUGCGGUUAAACGCGGCGGCGGGCUCGAGGAAUUAGCGGUUGGUCGUUACACGAAGGAGAUUGUACAGGGGCUUGUAUACUUGCAUUGUAAUGGAAUCGUGCAUUGCGAUAUUAAGGGCGGGAAUAUUUUGUUAGGUAAGAGCGGCGCCAAAAUUGGGGAUUUUGGAUGCUCAAAGUGGAUUUUCGACGCCGGCGCCGCCGCAAUCGGCGGCACGCCGUUGUUCAUGGCGCCGGAGGUGGCGCAGGGGAAAGAACAGGGGUUUCCGGCGGAUAUUUGGGCGUUAGGAUGCACAGUCAUAGAAAUGGCCACCGGUGACUCGCCGUGGCCUAAUCUCACUAACCCGGCAACACUCCUCUACACAAUAGCGUUUUCCGGCGAGUCUCCGCCGGUUCCCGCCUUCCUCUCCGACCAAGCCAAAGACUUCCUUAAAAACUGCCUCCGACGAGACCCCGGAGAACGAUGGACGGCGAAGCAACUCCUCUCACACCCAUUUCUCCAACAAUUCGACACUUCCGGCAAACAAAAUCAAGAACUGGAAACAAUUUCUCCGACGAGCGUUCUUGAUCAAGGCAUCUGGAAGUCAUCAUCAAUGGCGGUCCAGACGAGCAAUUCAAUAAAUUGUCCGCACGAACAGCUCAAUUGGUUCCCGGAGGAUAAAAAUUCAUUAAAUUCUCCGAUGCAAAGGGUAAGACAACUAUGUUCGAAUCCAGGAACGAUGUCGGAUUGGACUGAGAGCUCUUGGAUCACUGUCAGAAGAAGAGCAGAGGAAAACAUCGUCGGAGAUUUUAGCAGAGAACAAAGUUGCUCACUAGGUGAUAGUGUCAGUUGUUGUACUGAUUCAUCAACCUUACGCCAAAAAUUUGUUGGCAAUGGUCAAACUUUGGGACACCAAAAAGAAAGAGUAGUUAAUCAGUUACCGUUAUUUUAUAUCUUCCUCUUCUUAUUAUUAUUAUUUUCUUUUCACUUUAUUCCAUCCCCAUAUAAGAAAAUGACUUAC